AUGCCUCAAAGUAAGAGCAGUAGGGAAAAUAGACUGCAUAGGUCCAGGUGUAGCAGCUAGACCUGCUAUGUCCAGACAGGCAGGGAGUUGAAGCGUGUGGAGGCGUAGCCUGGCUAACUGAGCUCAUCCAGGGCUUUGCCAUAGUGAAGGGCACUGUGGAUGUACAGUGGAUACACACUGAAUCGAGCCCAGGGCUGAGGCCACUGCUGUGGCACUCACAGAUAGCGCUGCAGCUGUGGGAGUGGAGUUCAAGGUAAAACCAGUACACAAUAAUUGGUAAACCGGUGUCCGCAAUCCUGUCCUUGAGAUAAAGAGGACUUCUAGAACCGUCUAUGCUUUGCUUAACAACGCUAUAUUUAGGCCAUUGCAAAUGUCUGGAUUUUCACUCCCUUUCCUUUCUCAAUAGAAGACAUUGAGACUCAGCACAUCAUGUUCCUUUCCUCCCGGAGUUCUGUACAUUUUGUAUGUCCAACAACGUGGCCGUUUGGGUUGCAGUUAGUACUGGUUCAUAGCUCGUAGCACUGCUUAGCUCUGUCAUCACCAUUAUCGUUAUCACUGUUGCCCAACUCCUAUCUUAUUACCCUCAGCCCUUUUCCCUGUCAGCCACUGCACAGGGUAUGUCAUUGUUUUAAGUUUCCUCAUUUCCAGAACGGCUGUGAUUAUCUGAAGUUAAUCAUGGGCACACUUCACAUUUACUUUGGACCGAAAUGCACUUUGGUAUUUAGUUGCAUACUUCCAGAAUCACUGUGAUUGCACUCGGCACUGCUUUUCACUUGAACUGAGGCAUUAAGCAGUCCUUAUAUAUUCAAUCCUCUUUGUAAUAUUUAGGUGUUAUCUUUGGAUAUAAUGAAGAGAAUAUGAAGGACUUAAGUUGUCAUAAACUCGGGUAGAAAAUAGGAGACUUUAUCAAUCUUUCUAGGGAAGGUUUUGUAAAGCAACCGCAAUGACUACCGGUAUAUUAGUAGUAUGACACUUUAGAAAAGUGAGUUUGGCAGUCGGAGUUGGAGUUGUGGUCUGUUGAAAUAAAAACAAGUGUAGGUCUGCACAUGGAGCAGCAUGGCUACCUGAUGAAUGCACCUCUUUGUGCUCAUUGACACAGAAAGCAGCCGUUCACAGCAGCAUUUUAUCUGGCCUCGCCAUUCAUUUGACUCCCUGGACCAAGUGAUUUAUCAUGGAUACUGUAGCCAGUCAUUUCAACCCUAGUUGAAACAUCCAACAUGCUAUGAACAAUGAUCAAACCCAUAUAGGAUCAGCCUUAGACUAGUGUCGGCUCAGACUGUUGAAGGAUUCAUUAGAUUGAACUAUGCACUUUGUUUUUGCUGUUAGUGAGUUGUGAACUUUUGCUGUCUGUAAUCUUGUAUCUCCAAUUAAGAGAGUAGUUCACCAAAGGACACCAAAUGAGGACAGAACCAAAGGAUUUGAUUGUUGCUGUGUGUUGAAUGCCUUUUUAAGUACCUCAUCAAAUAUUUGUCCAAAGCUCUCUAAAGGGUGGUAGACAUUGAAAUUCAUAAAGAGAUAUGCAGUCUAUAUCGAGUUCUGCAGAUCACCCCAAGUAUAGGGACAUACAGGCCGUAUUGUUUCUCUUGUUAGAUAUACAGAGACAGAGUGCUACAUGCAGUAUGCAUAACACUACAGUAAUUUAUAAUGCACGUGUAGCAUUGUAAUAAAACAAUAACUUUAAAUGAAUACAAAUGUUCUGUCAGCGCAGUUCAUCUGUAUUAAAAUAUCCUCUUGGCACAAAAAUGUUAAACCUUGUGUAAAAGCAUUCGUUCCAGUGUAUUUGUGUUGAGGAUAGGGCUGGCACAUUUACCGUAAAACCGUGUAACCGACGGUUAUGGAUGAAGACCGUCAUGAAAGUAAAAUAACUGCAAUAACCUUAAAAAAAUAGAAAAAAAAAUCCUGCCAUUCAUGCGGUUAAGUCAGUUUCUGCAGUAUCAUGGACUCUUAACAACGUGAUGAAACUUUGUUGCUCCUUGCUGAAACAAGCAAGGUGCUGUAGAAAAUGAGUCUUCGGUUUCUUAGGCAACGCCCCCCUCCCUACAUCAGUGUUAUUCAUUCUAUUUCUAUGGCAGCACAUGCAGUCAGGAGCAGAGGAGAGGAUAUUUAUUUUAUUAUUAUUAUUUAAUUUUGAUAUUCGAAUGGUUAUAACGGUGACCACGGUCAUUUGGCUGACCAAUAACCGUCAUCCAAAAUUGCAUGACCAUCACAGCCCUAGUUGACGAACUAACGUCAACCUGUCGUCUUCAGGAGAAAUGCACUAAAAGCUUCUUCACCCCCUGACAAACCCUUCCCUGUUACUCAUGAAACACGAUCCUUUGGAGAUUUGAUUUGGCAAAUUCUCAGGAAGUGACUUCCACAGAGGGACACAACUGGAAUCCUGCCUAGAUGCUAUUUCCACAGCCUGAUUUAGAGGCUCCUUCACACUAUUUUCAUCUCUUUUUCCUGUUGUCAUUUCUACCAAUGGAAAUGCAUUUCAAGCAUUGUAAUGUUCUAUACAGUACAGUAAGUGCACUGGGCUUUUAGAUUAUUACCGUCCUCAGCUUUCUACUCCAAUGUGAGUGACCUAAGCGUUGCAAUGUACAAGAUGGGAGAUAACCUCCCAGGCUCUGUUGUAGCCGGCCACGACCGGGAGACCCAUGGGGCGGCGCACAAUUGGCCCAGCAUCGUCCAGGAUAGGGGAGGGAAUGGCCGGCAGGGAUGUAGCUCAGUUGGUAGAGCAUGGCGCCAGGGUUGUGGGUUCGUUUCCCACGGGGGGCCAGUAUGAAAAAGAAAAAAAAGAAUGUAUGCACUCACUAACUGUAAGUUGCUCUGGAUAAGAGUGUCUGCUAAAUGACUAAAAAUCAAAAAAUGAUUACAGUGUCUCAUUAGCUUGUCUGUCUACUGUACAGACAACCCACCAAUGGGACAUUGGCUGUUAAAGUAAUCCUAGUAAUGCAGUCCUUUUUACUUUUGUUAGGUACCUACAAAGGGAAAUCCUUUUUUUUUUGGCUUGUAAAUCUCGGCACUGACUGAUUAAACACUAGAUCGUCUACUUCAUUGUGGGGUGAUGUCAUAGCUGGAGGUUGUGAUUCGCUGCAGACUCCUUAAGGGCACUAACCCCAGCCCUGCUGGAGCACUGUGACCUCCUUUCUCCACAAAAGAGGGCUGGCGCGUCCUGCCCCACCGAUCCGCCUUAAACCAAGACCCAAGCACACAGAGGCAGCCAGCUGAUCUUUACUGUGCCUCUCUCCCUCCCCCUCUCCCCACCCACCCCUGUCAACUUUAGACAGAGUUGACCCAACUAGCAUUACAUUUAACUAGCACCUUUGUAAUUGCUUUUGAGCUCAUGCAGGGCAUUAUGCUAAGAACUCGUCUUGCCAUGGCUGUGUGAAUAGGGAGGGGGAGCGAGCCUUGUGACUCUUUUCUCCUCCUCCUCCUCCUCUUCCUCCUCCUCCUCCUGGGGUUUGUGGAACAGAGCAGGCUGAUCCUGGGCUCUUUUACUUGAGGAAAAGGUGGCAGGUGAUUGGGCCAGAGCCUACGUGACAUAUAUCUGUGGAGUCAGAGAAACGCUGUGAUCAGAGGCAGCUCUUUCUAAUUAGAUCAUUUCAGCUCCACUGCAGUAAAGAGAGCGAAGGGCUCUACUUUUCACUCGCUGUUCUGCUCUGCUUUUUUUGUUCUGCUCAGCCCUGCGCUGUCUGCCUGUCUGGUGCAUGUUUCCAUGUUCCUCACUAAAAGCCUGGUUUACAAUGCUGUGCACUCAGCCAUACAUAGGCUGCAGAGUUAGCUCAAAUUCACAAGUUUGCUUGUCUCCCAACAGAGUGGUAAGUUGUGAUGUUAGAUGCAUUUGUUAGUAGCUUAUUUGGUGUUUUGUGUUAAUAUUGCAUGACUGUUGAGUUUCUCUGUGAUCUUUUUAAUGCAGAACUGUUACAUACCUGCUGUGAAUGAAAAAAAGAAAAGAUAAUUGGAGCAAUAUGCUACACAGUACUUUGUUAGGGACACAGUGACACACUUUUGGGCGAAUUUGGUGCUGUUGUGUGUGGGUUGAAUGAUUAUGGGGUAGAAUUAUCUUAGGCUUUGUUGAAGAUAUGAUUUGACAUACCUAAUGCUUGGAAAACAUUUUAAAAUCCCAUGUGUUUGAAAUUACGCCUCCCUACCCCCAUUUCUUGCCUUGUUGGUUAUUUGUAAUGUUUGAUGUACAUUUGAUAUGUGUAAAUGUGAUGUAUGUAUGUAUAUAUUUCAUGUAUAUAUUUUAUAUCAUACAGAUGUUGUUAAUGUCAAUGUGUUUGUUUCGCUGCAGGUAAUCAAAGUGUAUAAUGAGGACAAAACCAGUCGAGCAGUAGAGGUUCCCACUGACAUCACAGCCCGGGACAUCUGCCAGUUGUUUGUCAUGAAGAAUCAUUGCAUUGACGACCACAGCUGGACUCUGUUUGAGCAUCUCUCUCAUCUAGGCAUAGGUAAGAUUUCAAUUCAAUACAACUUUAUUUAUCCAAUCAGAGGCAAUUAAGAAAGUCAAGUCAAAUCGACACAAAAUCCUCCACAUAAAAAAUACUGUAUACCUAAUGUAACAUUAGAUUACUGUGUGAUUACAGUGCCUUGCAAAAGUAUUCAGACCCGUUGGAUUUCUUCACAUUUGAUUGUGUUACAAAGUGGGAUUCAAAUGGAUGUAAAUCUGCUGGAAAAUAUAUGCCUGUCUAGCCAUAAUCCCCAAAAGAAUAAUGAAUAAUGGGCAAAUAUUGCACAAUCCAGGUGUGCAAAGCUCUUAUAGACUUAACCAAGAAGACUCACAGCUGUAAUCGAUGCCAAAGGUGUUUCUAACAUAUAUUGACUCAUGGAGCUGUAUACUUAUGCCAUGACUAUAUUUUAGUUAUUUAAUUUCUAAUAAUAAAAAUAAAUAAAACAAUGCUUCUUCUACUUCGAUAUUGCAGAGUAUUGUGUGUAGAUUGUUGACAAGAAAAUGACAGUUAAAUACAUUUUAUUCCCACUUUGUAACACAAUAAAAUGUGAAGAAAUCCAAGGGGUCUGAAUACUUUUGCAAGGCACUGUAUGUUGACGAGAAGGUGCACAAGAUCCAAUUUAGUGAGAGCAUAACCCUGCUUAUAAAGUUUUUAAAAACUCUUUAUGUGGCACACUGCAGUGUGAUUCUGCUCUUUGAUACCACAAGUUGGUCAGCAAAGACUGAAUUGUACAGCAAAAGUGACUAUUGUCUUCUACUGGUGCGUCCUAACCAUUUCUCAGCAGCAUUCUUCGCACAUAGAUUGCAUAACUUACCCAUCUGUUCUGUUCAUUAUUUCAUUGUCUUUAAGCAUUGAUUUAGCUGGAAAUGUGCUGUUCUCAUUCAACCAGUUUAGUAAAGUGUGUCUUAAAGUUUGCAGUGUUCCUCUGAGUCUCUUCUCUUCUGCAUAUACAACAAUAUGUACAAUAUUGUAUGCAGAAAUAUGUACUAUGUACACGAGAAUAGCACUUAAAAGUAUGAAUUAAAACAACUUUCCAAAGUGGUCCUCAAAUUGGCAUGACUAUAAUCUGUUAAAUAAAUAAAAAAAUACAUUGAGGUAAAUGAUAAUUGAGAAAUGAAUAAUUCCACUACCCAGUAUACACUACUGGUCAAAAGUUUUAGAACACCUACUCAUUCAAGGGUUUUUCUUUAUUUUUACUAUUUUCUACAUUGUAGAAUAAUAGUGAAGACAUCAAAACUAUGAAAUAACACAUAUGGAAUCAUGUAGUAACCAAAAAAGUGUUAAACAAAUCAAAAUAUAUUUGAGAUUCUUUAAAUAGCCACCCUUUGCCUUGAUGACAGCUUUGCACAAUCUUGGCAUUCUCUCAACCAGCUUCACCUGGAAUGCUUUUCCAACAGUCUUGAAGGAGUUCCCACAUAUGCUGAGCACUUGUUGGCUGCUUUUCCUUUACUCUGCGGUCCGACUCAUCCCAAACUAUCUCAGUUUGGUUGAGGUCAGGGGAUUGUGGAGGCCAGGUCAUCUGAUGCAGCACUCCAUCACUCUCCUUCUUGGUCAAAUAGCCCUUACACAGUCUGGAGGUGUAUGGUGUCAUUGUCCUGUUGAAAAACAAAUGAUAGUCCCACUAAGCCCAAACCAGAUGGGAUGGCGUAUCGCUGCAGAAUGCUGUGGUAGCCAUGCUGGUUAAGUGUGCCUUGAAUUCUAAAUAAAUCACAGACAGUGUCACCAGCAAAGCACCCCCACACCAUCACACCUCCUCCUCCAUGCUUUACGGUGGGAACUACACAAAUGGAGAUCAUCCGUUCACCAACACCGCGUCUCACUUUAGACACGGCGGUUGGAACCAAAAAUCUCAAAUUUGGACUCCAGACCAAAGGACAAAUUUCCACCGGUCUAAUGUCAAUUGCUUGUGUUUCUUGGCCCAAGCAAGUCUCUUCUUAUUAUUGAUGUCCUUUAGUAGUGGUUUCUUUGCAGCAAUUUGACCAUGAAGGCCUGAUUCACACAGUCUCCUCUUAACAGUUGAUGUUGAGAUGUGUCUGUUACUUGAACUCUGUGAAGCAUUUAUUUGGGCUUCAUGGUCUUAUCCUCUGCAGCAGAGGUAACUCUGGGUCUUCCAUUCCUCUGGCGGUCCUCAUGAGAGCCAGUUUGAUCAUAGUGCUUGAUCGGUUUUGCGACUGCACUUAAAUAAACUUUCAAAGUUCUUGAAAUAUUCCAAAUUGACUGACCUUCAUGUCUUAAAGUAAUGAUGGACUGUGGUUUCUCUUUGCUUAUUUGAGCUGUUCUUGCCAUAAUAUGGACUUGGUCUUUUACCAAAUAGGGCUAUCUUCUGUAUACCUUAAUACAACACAACUGAUUGUCUCAAACGCAUUAAGAAGGAAAGAAAUUCCACAAAUGAACUUUUAAGAAGGCACACCUGUUAAUUGAAAUGUAUUCCAGGUGACUACCUCAUGAAGCUGGUUGAGAGAAUGCCAAGAGUGUGCAAAGCUGUCAUCAAGGCAAAGCGUGGCUAUUUGAAGAAUCUCAAAUAUAAAAUAUACUUUUUUGGUUACUACAUGAUUCCAUAUGUGUUAUUUCAUAGUUUUUAUGUCUUCACUAUUAUUCUACAAUGUAAAAAAUAGUAAAAAUAAAGAAAAACCCUUGAAUGAGUAGGUGUGUCCAAACUGUUGACUGGUAGUGUAUGUAAAUGUGAUAUUUAUCUGUUUUUUUAAAACCUGUUUUUGCUUUGUCAUUAUGGGGUAUUGGGUGUAGAUUGAUGAGGAAAAAAACGGUUUAAUCCAUUUUAGAAUAAGGCUGUAACGUCACAAAAUGUGGAAAAGGUCAGGGGGUCUGAAUACUUUCCGAAUGCACUGUAUCUGUUGGCAUUAUAAAGAGACCAUAAAAGUCAAACUAUAAAGAAUUUGGUUGGUGGAUUCCUGGAUGUCCUGCUUAUUCACUCCUGGGAACCAGUAUUCUGCAAGCCUCAGCAUCUGUUUUGCCAUGUUAUCAUACUGACACAAAAUACAGUUUUUCCAGUUCCUCUAUGCAGAUACAUUUUAGUCAUUUAGCAGACGCUCUUAUCCAGAGCGACUUACAGUAAGUAGUGAGUGCAUAAAUUGUCAUACUUUAUUGUCUCCAUACUGGUCACCCGUGGGAAUCGAACCAACAACCCUGGCGUUGCAAGCACCAUGCUCUACCAACGGAGAUACACGGGACUUGUACAGAGUGUGUCUCAAAUUGCACCAUAUUCUCUUUAUAGUGCACUACUUUUGACUAAGGCCCAUAGGGCUCUGGUCAAAGGUAGUGUACUAUAUAGGGCAGUCAUACUCAAAUGGCGGACCACGGUCCGUGUCCGGACCCAGCAAAGGGUCAAUAUGACACAAAACACAGUCAUUUUGAGCAAACGUAUCCCCAAAACAUAGAGGUGAGAACGAGAAAAAUAUAUCAGCUCAAAGCUCAAUAUGCGAGGUGACAGCCCAAGAAAGUGCAAUGGAGCACUCACUGAGAAUAGCUUGGCUUUUGGGAAAACGUAAAAAGUCAUUUACUGACGCAGAGAUGGUUAAAGAAUGCAUGAGUGAAGUUGCUGAGACCAUGCUUGAUGGUAAACAAAAAGAUGAGCUGAAAGAAAAGAUCAAACAAAGAAUUGCACUCACACCAUUUGUGCCAAAGUUCAAAGUAUUGGCAGGAGAUAAAAAGUGUAAUUUCUCUCAUUAGUCAUUGAUGCAAGGCUCAGAGUGACUUGUGCAUGCAUGGAACACAGUCUGUGAUGCAAGGCUCAGAGUGACUUGUGCAUGCAUGGAACACAGUCUGUGAUGCAAGGCUCAGAGUGACUUGUGCAUGCAUGGAACACAGUCUGUGAUGCAAGGCUCAGAGUGACUUGUGCAUGCAUGGAACACAGUCUGUGAUGCAAGGCUCAGAGUGACUUGUGCAUGCAUGGAACACAGUCUGUGAUGCAAGGCCCGGAGUGACUUGUGCAUGCAUGGAACACAGUCUGUGAUGCAAAGCCCGAGUGACUUGUGCAUGCAUGGAACACAGUCUGUGAUGCAAGGCCCGGAGUGACUUGUGCAUGCAUGGAACACAGUCUGUGAUGCAAAGCCCCGAGUGACUUGUGCAUGCAUGGAACACAGUCUGUGAUGCAAGGCCCGGAGUGACUUGUGCAUGCAUGGAACACAGUCUGUGAUGCAAGGCCCGGAGUGACUUGUGCAUGCAUGGAACACAGUCUGUGAUGCAAGGCCCAGAGUGACUUGUGCAUCCAUGGAACACAGUCUGUGUGUGAUGCAAGGCCCAGAGUGACUUGUGCAUGCAUGGAACACAGUCUGUGUGUGAUGCAAGGCUCAGAGUGACUUGUGCAUGCAUGGAACACAGUCUGUGAUGCAAGGCCCAGAGUGACUUGUGCAUGCAUGGAACACAGUCUGUGUGUGAUGCAAGGCCCAGAGUGACUUGUGCAUGCAUGGAACACAGUCUGUGUGUGAUGCAAGGCCCAGAGUGACUUGUGCAUGCAUGGAACACAGUCUGUGUGUGAUGCAAGGCCCAGAGUGACUUGUGCAUGCGUGGAACACAGUCUGUGAUGCAAGGCCCAGAGCGACUUGUGCAUGCAUGGAACACGGGGGGCCAGUACGAAAAAUGUAUGCACUCACUAAUUGUAAGUCGCUCUGGAUAAGAGCGUCUGCUAAAUGACUAAAAUGUCAAUUGGAUCACUAAACACAGUCUGUGAUGCACGGCCCAGAGUGGCUUGUGAAUGCAUGGAACACAGUCUGUGCACUCUGAUUUUCUUUUCUAUUGGACUCUCCUUUGUUCUCCAUAAAAUGUGCACUUUAGUUUAUUAUUAUUGUUUAUUCAAUUAAGAGAAAUGCAAGGCCCAUGUACAUUGGCUAAGUGACUUCUUUUGCAUACAGAUUACUAUGCAACCACUUUUGUUCUUCAGCAAUGUUGUCACUUUAUUAUAUUUUUGUAAAAAGAGAAACCAUUCAUUUUUUAAAUACUUUUUGUUGUACUCAUUUCUUAAAUUUCUUUGAAGCAGCAUGACAAAUAGUAAUAGCCUACUUACUACUACAGUACAGCCUGUACAAUGCACAUUUUCAUAGUCAAAAUAAAGAAGUUGUUUGUAAUUCAUUCAAAUGUAUCUGAUUGGUCUUUUAAUGUAUUUAAUAGUAGUCCUGAAAACAUUUGAUAUAAAACCAUGUAUCCCAAAUCAUAAUAUGGACAAUGAUAAGUUUGUCACUAUGCUGUACUAGAGCACCGAUAAAUGACAAUAUCAAUUCUAUCAGGACUUUUCCCACUUAGGAAUUUUGUGUGACUGGACCUUCUCAAAUUGUAUUUGAAUACCCCUGAUAUAGGGAAUAGGGUACCAUUUAGGACACCCACACACAUUAGUUCCUCUUAACCUUUAGAGCCCUUAGAACCUCCUAUAACAAUAUCUGGCCUGAUUCACUCAUAAUCUUGGUCAAGCCAAAUAAAGCUUGUGCUCCUCUUGUACAAUUAGUUGAAGUACAUCUGCUUUCACUGAGUUUAUAAUGAAGUGCUGCUCAAAUUAGAUGUAACAGUUUUUGCAUUAUUCAUUCUCAUUCUGAAAACCCUCUCAGCACUUAAUGCAGAGCUGCUUUUCAGACAUGAAAUGGGAUUCCUGAUUCAUCUAUUUGUAAAAACAGGCCACUAAAGAUACUAGAUAGACAUUGCUGGGCAAUUCCACGCUAACAGAAUGAUGCUGAGACUUAAAAUGUAUGCCAAACAAAAAAACAAUGAUUGCAAAGUUAAACCAUACAACUCUAUGCACAAGGACGACUUUAAACAAUUUCCUCCGAAAAUUGUACAAAAUCCUAUUUACUUGAACAGUGCAGAUGUCAAGUUUUGAAACGGUACAAACAGUACAAACAGUCCUGACCAGAAUGACCAGCAGCCCACCGCCUUGCCUUGACUGUGGUCAUACAAUGGGAAUCACUUGGCCUCAAAUGGCUGUGCAGUGUUCCAGAGUCCAGACGACUGCCUCCAAACGACUGCUUUCCAUUGGAACAGUUAAUAUUCAUUUGAGGUUCAAGGAAUUGAGUAAUGUUCAAUAAUAUAUUGAAAUAAUAAUAAUACCCACAGAGCCAGGACUCGUACUGUAAUUCCCACCUUAAGCUAUGUAUUAAUAUAUCUCUAAAUAAAGGGUUAAUCAUCAAUCUGCAGGGCUUUAGAGGUAGCAAAGCACAUGCCCUGCUCUUGACACAGGCCUUAUUGUACUGUAUGUGGGCCCUGGGCACUAAACAAUUUAUAUUACUGUUAUGGUUCUGAACAGCUAUAACCACUGUAAUAUGUACUGUAUGAUCACGAUUAUAUGUUUGAACUUCUGAUAACUUUAUUCUAAACCUUGAUGUUUGACUAUAUGGUAUUGUGACAAGGAACAUGGUUGGAUACUGUAGAUUUGACUAACUUUACCUUUCUCACUUUCCUCUCCCUCCCUUUUACUUUUUGAGGUCUCUACGUUUACAUUUCUUUCUCCUGUAUCCACCAGAAAGAACCAUAGAAGACCAUGAAUCUGUUAUGGAGGUGCUGUCCGGCUGGGGCAUUGACACAGACAGCCGGCUAUAUUUCCGGAAAAACUAUGCCAAAUAUGAAUUCUUCAAUAAACCGCUGGUAAGACGAGGGUGUGAUUAGCAAAAACGAUUGUGAACUAAUUUAUACGUUAAACCGCCUGUUUUCUAAAUGCACUCAGCUUGACCAGUAAUGGACAGCUGAUGUGAAGAGCCUGUGUGUUAUGACUGAUGUUGUUUUCAUAUUGAUAGGAUUUUUUCCCAGAUCACAUGGUGUCCUUAUCAAGUGAAACCAACGGGAAUAUGAACCAUUCUCAGCUAAUACAGGUAUCUAUUAAGCUACAUUCUACAUGUCUUCACUUUAAAAUUACAGAGUUAGGGCCAGUUUCCUGGACACAGAUUAAGCAAAGGGUUACAAAGCACUUUCAAAGGAGAUUCUCCAUCCAGAUUCUCUAAUCUCCAAGACCAGGCUUAAUCUGUGUCCGGGAAACCGCCCCCCACUCAGUGUUGCUGCUACAGGAUUUAAGGAAUAUUUUCUGUCUGACAGACAUUUCUCAACUCAAGCACUUGUCCAGAGAUCCAUGGGCACCUUCAUGCCAAAGAACAAGGCAGGAAGUCUUGGAAGAAGUUCUACUUUGUCUUGAGGAGGUCAGGUCUCUACUUCUCAAACAAGGGGACAUCAAAGGUCAGUAAAUAUCAUUGAUAUACAAGUGUGUAGUCUAGAAAUGUUUCAAUAUUAAAGUAACUGUCACGUGUUCCAGAUUUCAAUGAAACAUGGCGUUUAAUGAAUUGCAAUAUGAAUUACAAAGAUUUCCUUCAAAAUAUUAUUAUGAAUGUUAAAAAGCAGUCUUUUUGCAAAAAGCAAGGUGAUUUAAGGAGAGAAUUGAACUUGUUUUACCUACUGCUUUAUGGGUUCAUUUGAGAAGUCUGUGUCAAUUUGCCAGCGGGGUGUGGUGUACAGUAGGGGUGUAGCUAGCUCUAUUGUCCCCUGGCUGCUCUGUGGAACUGGUUGAGCUAGCUUUCCCUCAGGUCGGAUGGCAUGCCACUGCCAGAGACUGAGCCCUCAACACCCACCGCUGACAGGUGAAGCUUAGACCUGCACAGCACUGUGCCAAGCCAACUACUUCCCCCUCUCCCAACUACAGAAUAGCUGUUCUUUAGACUAGAGUACAAAAGUUAGAUUUUACUUAAUUCCUUUAGUUUUAUAUGAUGUGAUUUAUGAUCAUGAGUACAUUGGUUUUGGCUACAAUGUUGGUUUGUGUCAUACAUAUUGCCAGUCAACACAGACAACGAUACCUACAGUCAGGUCCAUAAUUAUUAUACCCUUGAUAAAGAUGUGCAAAGAAUACUGUAUAAAAUAAAUAAUACAAAUAUUGAGCUAUAUUGUAUGCAUUUGUUGUUGUUGAAAUUUUGUUUAACAAGUAAUUUAAAAAAAAAUCUAAAAAUAUAUACGAGUCCAAAUGAUUGGCACCCCUGUUUUCAAUACUCCAGCACCCUCCCCUUUCGAGGAUAACGACACAGAGCCUUUUUCUAAAAUGUUUAAUGAGAUUGGAGAACAUGUUGGGAGGGAUCUUAGACCAUUGCUCCAUACAAAAUAUUUCCAGAUCCUUGAUAUCUUUCGUCUGCUCUUAUGGACUGCCCUCUUCAAUUCAAACCACAGGUUUGAUUAGUGCUUGGGGUUAUUGUCUUGCUGGAAGAUCCACUUGCGGCCAAGUGUCAGCCUCCUGACAGAGGCAACCAGGUUUUUGGCAAAAAUGUCCUGGUACUUGGUAAAGUUAAUGAUGCCGUUGACCUUAACAAGGGCCCCAGGACCAGUGGAAGCUAAAUAGCCCCAUAACAUCAAAGAUCCACCACCAUAUUUUACCGUAGGUAUGAGGUACUUUUCUGCAUAUGCUUCUGUUUUUCAAUGCCAAACCCACCACUGGUGUGUGUGGCCAAAGAGCUCAAUUUUCAUGUCAUCUGACCAUAGCACCGGUUCCAAUCCAAGUGCCAAUACCGUUUAUCUAUGGUCAGAUGACAUGAAAAUACAGAUGUAGGAUCUUCAUUUGAUCACCCUGUUGCAAGAGAACUUUCAUGCAAUGCAGGACAUUUUUUACUUGUAGGUUUAAAACGGCUUCUGAAGUUGAUUUUCCCUUACAAAAAAUGUAUCAACGACUACAAAAAUUUCCAUUAAUUAUAAUCCACAAAAUAAUUCACAUUUCCUGUUGCUGCAGGAUUCUUAUCUUGCUGUAGCAAACUGGCUCAAAUUAAGGUCCUACAUCUGUAGAGCUCUUUGGCCACGCCAGAGAGGAAGAGGCGAAGCGAGAGGUUUCACUCUGGCUAAAAUCUGUGCAAAAUAUGCAUUUCUAUGGGCUUAUUUUGGACCUAAGCUCAUCGUCUGCCUUUCGAGCAACGACUUCCAUUGUUAGGGCGGAGACAUGAGCGUCUCGUCAUUGUUUUACGCUGCUGCUACUCUGUUAAUGAUUUAUGCAUAGUCACUUUAACUCUACCCACAUGUACAUAUUACUUCAACUACCUCAACUAGCCGGUGCCCCCGCACAUUGACUCUGCACCGGUACCCCCCUGUAUAUAUAGCCUCCCUACUGUUAUUUUAUUUUACUUCUGCUCUUUUUUUCUCAACACUUUUUUGUUGUUGUUUUAUUUAACCUUUUUAUUAAAAAUAAAUGCACUGUUGGUUAAGGGCUGUAAGUAAGCAUUUCACUGUAAUGUCUGCACCUGUUGUAUUCGGCGCAUGUGGCCAAUAAAAUUUUAUUUGAUUAUAUACAGAUCUCUGGUCACGCACACCAGUGGUGGGUUUGGCAUCGAAAAAUGGAAAAGUACAACAAAUAAAGGCCAAAUCCCGAGUUAUCCCUUUAAGGUCAACGGCAUCAUGACCUUUUCCAAGUACCACGACAUUUUAGCCAAAAACCUGAUUGCUUCUGCCAGGAUGCAAGACAAUAACCCCAAGCAAACAUCAAAAUCCUCAAAGAAAUGGUUAAUUGACAUUUUGCAAUGGACAUUUCAGUUGCCGGACUUGAAUCCCAUUGAAAACCUGUGGUUUGAAUUGAAGAGGGCAAUCCAUAAGAGCAGACACAGGAUAUUAAGGAUCUGAAAAUAUUCUGUAUGGAGGAAUGGUCUAAGAUCCCUUCCAACGUGUUCUCCAAAGUCAUAAAACAUUUUAGGAAAAAAAUGGCAUUAUCCUCGGGAGGUUGAUGGUGCUAGAGUAUUUAAGAUGGGUGCCCAUAUCUUUUUUAUACUUUUUUUAUUAUUACUUGUUAAACAAAAUCUCUUUCUCUUAGCAAUUGUAUUAGUAUAAAAUAAUUUGAGCAUACAAUAUAGCUCAGUAUUUGUAUUAUUUAUUUUAUACAGUAUUUUUUGCUAAUCUUUAUCAAGGGUGCCAAUAAUUAUGGACCUGACUGUACCUGUGCUUUACACUGUGCAACAGGGAAGUGAGAAUGUUGUGUCGCAGUCCCAUAAAGUUUGAACAAUGGUUUGCUUUGUGGUCCUUUGCUUGGGAAAUUUAUUUUGCCUUGGCUCCCUGACAGUGUUCAUAUAGUAUAAAUAAAGCUCCUAUCACUUUGUCACAUAUUUGGUCCUAUCUUGAACACUAAAUAUACAUACUAGCCACACCUACAGUGUAAUGGAUAGGGCAAUAAAUAUUUGCUUGACUAUGUUGAAGUGUGCCAACCUCGUCCCACCUUUCAGCUCAAAGGAGUCUGCAGCUAAAACAAUGAUCGCUUUUAUUCUGUGAUCUCAAUGGACCAGGGCACUUUAUUUGCUUAGCAUCUGUCCUCACACUGGGCACCCCUGCAUUGUUCACAUUUCUACCCCGAUCCCUCACAUAGUUGGAUUUGUAAUGGAACUUGAGGCUACUCUACAGUGGAAUGCAAGAAGAACCCCUCGUUGCAAUGGAGCAUCAUGUGUUGGGGGGUGAUGUGACAUAAAGGCCACACAAUAAUGAUCACCGAAAGGCAUGUGGAGAUUUGAGACGUUUCUUGUUUUCUAUUCACAGGAACCAAGGCAUCUCCAGUUUAUUGCUGAGUUCAGUGACAGCGACGUCUACAUGUUACUAUCGGCGAGAAAGAUACACGGAGCGCCUACGGACUAUGGCUUCUGUGUCAAGGUAGUUUUGCUUUUUCUAUCUAUAAACCUAUACUUUGGUGUUUUACAAUGUUGUUAUUCAAUUCAAUAGAACUUUAUUUAUCCCAUCAGGGGCAAUUAAGAAAGGCAAGUCAGUUCCGAGUUAUGUUUGGUAAACUCAUGCUUUCUCUUCAUGAUGAUCCUCCACUCCAGUCUACUAAGUGUGGCUCUCCCCGAGACCUCAAGCUGUUGUGUGCAGAUGAUGAGCAGACCAGAACCUGCUGGGUCACUGCCAUGCGCCUCUUUAAGGUACAGUCACCAUGCUGCCCCCUUAUCACAUCCUCUGUCUGUUUGCAUCCCAAAUUACACCCUAUUCCCUAUAUAGUACACUACUUUUGAUCAGGACCCAUAGGGGUCUGGUCAAAAGUAGUGCACUAUGUAGGGAAUAGGGUGCCAUUUGGGAUGCAACCUAUGUCAAGUGUCUACAGAUCUACAAAGUCAGCACAACACUAGUAGUAUGGUCUCUCCUAACACCCAACUGGCUACUUACUGUAUGCCAUCCAUCUAUGCCUCAUCAUGUCUGAUCAGUGCAUACUGAACAACGUUAUCACUUACUGUUUUGUGUUGCAGUAUGGGUUGCAGCUGUACCAAAACUUCAUUCAACCACACCAGAAACAGAAAGCUUCACCUAUGGUAAGUGGUGUGUAAAUACCAAUGUGCCGAUACACUGUUUAACAGCACAUUACCCAGGACACACAGUCUAGUAUUCAUACUGGACUGAUUUUCCAGAAUAGUCUAAAAUGAGAGUAUUUCCCCCUCAAAUUUAAAUUCCAGUAUUCUGUAUGAGUAAACACAUGUUCUAUUUUGGGCACUGGAACAUGUUCGAGGAGCCUGGCUCCUCUAAAAAUAACCAGAGAUCAGCUGCUCUCAGACUUAACACCUCGUCACCUCUACUUUGCUGUCAGAGGAACGCACAGUGUCCAGGCAUGGGUCUGGGACCCUGAUCUCAGCCCUGCAAAGGGAAGGGCUAGGAUGCAUCUGAAAUGGCACCCUAUUCCCUAUGUAGUGCACUUCUGGUCAAAAGUGGUCAAAAGUAGUGCACUAUAUAGGGAAUAGGGUGCCAUUUGGGACGCACACCUAGACUAACCCUGCUUCUGGGAACAUGCUUGGGGAGUUAGGUUAGGGUACAGGAUAUAGAGAGGGGUCAUGGCGCUGCUGAAUCUCCUUUACCCUGCCAUACAGCCGCUACAGCCUAGAGCUAUCCAAACUCAACUGGCGGACCGCGGUCCGGGUCUGGACCCAGAAAAGGGUCAAUACGGACCGGACAACAUCGCAUUUUGUUAUAUAAAAGUAAAGAAAUUAUUUUUAGACAGCUUCAAAAAAAUCUACUGGGCGCAGCGGCCUCUAACUCAGCAACCUCUCUUUCUCUCUCUCUCUGGAAGCAAAACCCACCUCAACUAGUGCCCUCCCUGUCUAAUCGAAUUGUGUGGUUAUAUGCAAAUACAAGAGGCUGCACUUACCCAAUCACAUCAAUCCAAAUAUCCUCUGCGGAACCUUGGGACAAGCAGGCAGAAAGAAACAGAAAGAUUUGACCUCGGUUCAACUGUUAAUAUCACAGAUAGAAGGAGCUUAGUUAUCAGUAUAUUUGUUAAUAUGGCCUGUAAAAAAAAAAAGGAAAAGCUGAUCUAUUCAAAGACAAGUGGACGGAACAGUAUCUAUUCAUUCUCCCCGCAACUAGCACAAAACCAAUGUGCCUGAUAUGCAGCGAGUCCGUAGCCCUUGUGAAAAGUGCCAAUGUUAAGCAUCAUUAUGACACCAGGCAUAGUAAUUUCGAUCAGACGUAUCCCCUGAACACGGAGGUGAGAACAAACAAUAUUAACCAACUAAAAUCCCAAUAUGAGAGGUCCACCAAAGUCCUUGUCAAUUCCCUGACAGCCCAACAACCUGCAAUGGAGUGCACUGAGGAUAGCUUGGGUUUUGGUAAAACACAAAAAACAAAAACAUUUUCAGAUGCUGAGAUGGUAAAAGCAUGCAUGUGUGAAGUUGCUGACAUCUUGCUUGAAGGUAAACAAAAAGAUGAGCUUAGGGAAAAGAUCGAACAGAUCCCACUGUCGGAUUCCACAGCAAUGAAGAGAAAUUAAAUAUUAGCUGAAGAUUUAACUUCACAACUUGAUGAGGCCAUUCAGAAUGCACCAUGCAUUUCAUUAGCUGUGGAUGAAUCAACAGAUAACACUGAUAAUUCCCAGCUUCUGGUGUUUGUGAGAUUUUAUAACGGAAAAAAAAGAAGGAAUUCUGUGAGGAGCUGUUGGGCUUAACAAAUCUAGAAGCACACACACAGGGAGAGGAUAUCCUUUAGGCCAUCAAAGGGAAACCGACAAAAAGGGGGAUAGAGCUGAAGUCAGUGGUCUCCAUCCUCACAGAUGGCGCUCCAGCCAUGAUAGGAAGAGGGAGGGGACUGGUUGCACGUUUGAAAAAGGACCACCCUGACCUGACAUCAUACCACUGCAUCAUCCAUCAAUCUGUCCUAUGUGCCAGUCUGGGAAAAUAGUAUUCUGAAGUCAUGACAACGAUGAUGAAACAUCAUCCCUACAACACCGCCUGCUAUGAGGCAUUCUGACAGAGGCCAAUGCCAGUGUUGAUGACUUGCUACAGCACAACAAUAUCAGAUGGCUCAGCAAAGUGUCACGAUCGUCAAAUGGAACAGACCAAGGCGCAGCGUGAUGAACAAACAUACUUUAAUUAGUUAAAGUUUAAACACAAUACAAAACAAGAAACGACUCGUGACGUCCAACGGUAUCAAUGACCGAACACGGAACAAAAACCCACAAACCCAAAGGGAAAAACAUACAGUUUAAAUAUGGCUCCCAAUCAGAGACAACCAGCCAACAGCUGACACUCGUUGCCUCUGAUUGGGAGUCACUCAGGCAAAAAUAGAAUAGACACAACAGAAUUACCAACAUAGAAAUACACACAUAGAAUGAACACACCCUGGCUCAACAUAAUGAGUCCCAGAGCCAGGGUGUGACAGUACCCCCCCUAAAGGCGCGGACUGCGACCGCGCCUCAACUAAACAAAACAGGGGAGGGCUGGGCGGGCAUACCUCCUCGGCGGCGGUUCUGGCUCCGGCCUUGACCACCACCCUCCAAUACACCCCCCAUAGCGCCCCUGGUCCAGUCUGGCCCCGCCGGCUGGAGCCGAACUGGACUUAGCAGGAGCGGUUAGCUUCAGCUCCAUAGUGGAGCAGUUGACCGGUACCUUACCAGGCACCGGUGACCCAGGCACGGGUUGUGCUGGACUGACGACGCGCACCCCUGGCUUGGUGCGUGGAGGAGGAACGGGCCUUACCAGGCUGACGACGCGCACCCCUGGCUUGGUGCGUGGAGGAGGGACGGGCCUUACCAGGCUGACGACUCGCACCGUAUACUUGGUGCGAGUGGCAGGAACAGGCCGGGCCGGGCUGGCGACGUGCACCGUAUACUUGGUGCGAGUGGCAGGAACAGGCCGGGCCGGGCUGGCGACGCGCACCGUAGUCUUGGUGCGAGUGGCAGGAACAGGCCGGGCCGGGCUGGCGACGCGCACCGUAGACUUGGUGCGAGUUGCAGGAACAGGCCGGGCCGGGCUGGCGACGCGCACCGUAUACUUGGUGCGAGUGGCAGGAACAGGCCGGGCCGGGCUGGCGACGCGCACCGUAGACUUGGUGCGUGGAGCAGGGACAGGCCGGACUGGGCUGGCAACGCACACCGUAGGCUUGGUGCGUGGAGCAGGGACAGGCCGGACCGGGCUGGCGACGCACACCGUAGACUUGGUGCGUGGAGCAGGGACAGGCCGGACUGGGCUGGCGACGCACACCGUAGGCUUGGUGCGUGGAGCAGGGACAGGCCGGACCGGGCUGGCGACGCACACCGUAGGCUUGGUGCGUGGAGCAGGGACUGGCCGGACUGGGCUGGCGACGCACACCGUAGGCUUGGUGCGUGGAGCAGGGACAGGCCGAACCGGGCUGUGGAGACGGAUAGGAGCCCUGGAGUGAAGAGCGGCCACAACCCGUCCUGGCUGAAUGCCUACCCUCACACACUCUGUGUGAGGCAUCCGCACAGGACGUACAGGGCGGUGUAUCCGUAACCUGGUGGCCUCCAGAAUCCGCCCCUCUUUUGCCUCCGUCAGCCCCGUCGUCCAUGCCGUGUGCCCCCCCCUAAAAAUUCUGGGGUUGCCUCUCGACCGCCCGACGACGACCCUGAUCACGCCGUUGCUCCUCUCUACGGCGCGCCUCCACCGUCUCUUCUCCCGGCGCUUCCUCCCAUGUCCAGCCCAAGAGCUGCCCCUGGACACGCUGCUUGGUCGUUGCAUGGUGGGUUUUUCUGUCACGAUCGUCAUAUGGAACAGACCAAGGCGCAGCGUGAUGAACAAACAUACUUUAAUUAGUUAAAGUUUAAACACAAUACAAAACAAGAAACGACUCGUGACGUCCAACGGUAUCAAUGACCGAACACGGAACAAAAACCCACAAACCCAAAGGGAAAAACAUACAGUUUAAAUAUGGCUCCCAAUCAGAGACAACCAGCCAACAGCUGACACUCGUUGCCUCUGAUUGGGAGUCACUCAGGCAAACAUAGAAUAAACACAACAGAAUUACCAACAUAGAAAUACACACAUAGAAUGAACACACCCUGGCUCAACAUAAUGAGUCCCAGAGCCAGGGUGUGACACAAAGGCAGGGUUUUGGAACGCUUUUGGGCCAUUUGGGAGGAAAUCAAAGCAUUCUUAUCAGAGCAAAAGAGUGACAAGGCAACUCAUUUUUCUUUUUUUCUUUUUUCUUUUUUUUUGGAAGAUGAGAAGAAGAUGGAAACAGUUGCAUUUUUGAAAGACAUUACAGUGGGGGAAAAAAGUAUUUAGUCAGCCACCAAUUGUGCAAGUUCUCCCACUUAAAAAGAUGAGAGAGGCCUGUAAUCACAUUGUAGGAUUUUUAAUGAAUUUAUUUGCAAAUUAUGGUGGAAAAUAAGUAUUUGGUCAAUAACAAAAGUUUCUCAAUACUUUGUUAUAUACCCUUUGUUGGCAAUGACACAGGUCAAACGUUUUCUGUAAGUCUUCACAAGGUUUUCACACACUGUUGCUGGUAUUUUGGCCCAUUCCUCCAUGCAGAUCUCCUCUAGAGCAGUGAUGUUUUGUGGCUGUCGCUGGGCAACACGGACUUUCAACUCCCUCCAAAGAUUUUCUAUGGGGUUGAGAUCUGGAGACUGGCUAGGCCACUCCAGGACCUUGAAAUGCUUCUUACGAAGCCACUCCUUCGUUGCCGGGGCGGUGUGUUUGGGAUCAUUGUCAUGCUGAAAGACCCAGCCACGUUUCAUCUUCAAUGCCCUUGCUGAUGGAAGGAGGUUUUCACUCAAAAUCUCACGAUACAUGGCCCCAUUCAUUCUUUCCUUUACACGGAUCAGUCGUCCUGGUCCCUUUGCAGAAAAACAGCCCCAAAGCAUGAUGUUUCCACCCCCAUGCUUCACAGUAGGUAUGGUGUUCUUUGGAUGCAACUCAGCAUUCUUUGUUCUCCAAACACGACGAGUUUAGUUUUUACCAAAAAGUUCUAUUUUGGUUUCAUCUGACCAUAUGACAUUCUCCCAAUCCUCUUCUGGAUCAUCCAAAUGCACUCUAGCAAACUUCAGAUGGGCCUGGACAUGUACUGGCUUAAGCAGGGGGACACGUCUGGCACUGCAGGAUUUGAGUCCCUGGCGGUGUAGUGUGUUACUGAUGGUAGGCUUUGUUACUUUGGUCCCAGCUCUCUGCAGGUCAUUCACUAGGUCCCCCCGUGUGGUUCUGGGAUUUUUGCUCACCGUUCUUGUGAUCAUUUUGACCCCACGGGGUGAGAUCUUGCGUGGAGCCCCAGAUCGAGGGAGAUUAUCAGUGGUCUUGUAUGUCUUCCAUUUCCUAAUAAUUGUUCCCACAGUUGAUUUCUUCAAACCAAGCUGCUUACCUAUUGCAGAUUCAGUCUUCCCAGCCUGGUGCAGGUCUACAAUUUUGUUUCUGGUGUCCUUUGACAGCACUUUGGUCUUGGCCAUAGUGGAGUUUGGAGUAUGACUGUUUGAGGUUGUGGACAGGUGUCUUUUAUACUGAUAACAUGUUCAAACAGGUGCCAUUAAUACAGGUAACGAGUGGAGGACAGAGGAGCCUCUUAAAGAAGAAGUUACAGGUCUGUGAGAGCCAGAAAUCUUGCAGGUUUGUAGGUGACCAAAUACUUAUUUUCCACCAUAAUUUGCAAAUAAAUUCAUUAAAAAUCCUACAACGUGAUUUUCUGGAAUUAUUUUUCUCAUUUUGUCUGUCAUAGUUGACGUGUACCUAUGAUGAAAAUUACAGGCCUCUCUCAUCUUUUUAAGUGGGAGAACUUGCACAAUUGGUGGCUGACUAAAUCCUUUUUUCCCCCACUGUACAUUACACCUUAAUCAACUGAAUAUUAAGCUGCAGGGACAGGACAACACAGUGUGUGAUAUGAUAAAAGCAAUCUCAAUCACACUCCACAUUGCCCUUUCCCACCUGGACAAUAGGAACACCUACGUGAGAAUGCUGUUCAUUGACUACAGCUCAGCGUUCAACAUAGUGCCCACAAAGCUCAUCACUAAGCAAACAACCCUGGGACUAAACACCUCCCUCUGCAACUGGAUCCUGGACUUCCUGACGGGCCGCCCCCUGGUGGUAAGGGUAGGCAACAACAUAUCUGCCAUGCUGAUCCUCAACACGGGGGCCCCUCCGGAGUGUGUGCUUAGUCCCCUCCUGUACUCCCUGUUCACCCACGACUGCUUGGCCAAGCACAACUCCAACACCAUCAUUAAGUUUUCUGACGACACAACAGUGGUAGGCCUGAUCACCGACAACGAUGAGACAGCCUAUAGGGAGGAGGUCAGAGACCUGGCAAUGUGGUGCCAGGACAACAACAAGAUCUGGCAUGGGUCCCCAGAUCCUCAGAAAGUUCUACAGCUGCACCAUCGAGAGAAUCCUGACCGGUUGCAUCACCGCUUGCAUGGCAACUGCUCGGCAUCCGACCGUAAGGCGCUACAGUGGGUAGUGCUUUGGGUACAACAUUGGGGCCAAGCUUCAUGCCAUCCAAGACCUACACUACCAGUCAAAAGUUUGGACAUACCUACUCAUUCAAGGGUUUUUCUUUAUUUGUACUAUUUUGUACAUUGUAGAAUAAUAGUGAAGACAUCAAAACAAUGAAACACAUAUGGAAUCAUGUAGUAACCAAAAAAGUGUUAAACAAAUCAAAAUAUAUUUUAUAUUUGAGAUUCUUCAAAUAGCCACCCUUUGCCUUGAUGACAGCUUUGCACACUCUUGGCAUUCUCACAACCAGCUUCAUGACGUAGUCACCUGAAAUGUAUUUCAAUUAACAGGUGUGCCUUCUUAAAAGUUAUUUUGUGGAAUUUAUUUCCUUAAUGCGUUUGAGCCAUCAGUUGUGUUGUGACAAAGUAGUGGGGUAUACAGAAGAUUGCCCUAUUUGGUAAAAGACCAAGUCGAUAUUAUGGCAAGAACAGCUCAAAUAAGCAAAGAGAAACGACAGUCUGUCAUUACUUUAAGACAUGAAGGUCAGUCAAUACGGAAAAUGUCAAGAACUUUGAAAGUUUCUUCAAGUACAGUCACAAAAACCAUCAAGCGCUAUGAUGAAACUGGCUCUCAUGAGGGCCGCCACAGGAAUGGAAGACCCAGAGUUACCUUUGCUGCAGAGGAGAAGUUCAUUAGAGUUACCAGCCUCAGAAAUUGAAGCCCAAAUAAAUGCUUCACAGAGUUCAAGUUACAGACACAUCUCAACAUCAGGGGACUGUGUGAAUCAGGCCUUCAUGGUUGAAUUGCUGCAAAGAAACCACUACUAAAGGACACCAAUAAUAAGAAGAGACUUGCUUGAAUCAAGAAACACAAGCAAUGGACAUUAGACCGGUGGAAAUUCGUCCUUUGGUCUGGAGUCCAAAUUUGAGAUUUUUGGUUCCAACCGGCAUGUCUUUGUGAGACGCGGUGUGGGUGAACGGAUUAUCUCCGCAUGUGUAGUUUCCACCGUAAAGCAUGGAGGAGGAGGUGUUAUGGUGUGGGGGUGCUUUGCUGGUGACACUGUCUGUGAUUUAUUUAGAAUUCAAGGCACACUUAACCAGCAUGGCUACCACAGCAUUCUGCAGCGAUACGCCAUCCCAACUGGUUUGGGCUUAGUGGGACUAUCAUUUGUUUUUCAACAGGACAAUGACCCAACACACCUCCAGGCUGUGUAAGUGCUAUUUUACAAGAAGGAGAGUGAUGGAGUGCUGCAUCAGAUGACCUGGCCUCCACAAUCCGCCGACCAAUUGAGAUGGUUUGGGAUGAGUCGGACAGCAGAGGGAAGGAAAAGCAGCCAACAAGCACUCCGCAUAUGUGGGAACUCCUUCAAGACUGUUGGAAAAGCAUUCCAGGUGAAGCUUGUUGAGAGAAUGCCAAGAGUGUGCAAAGCCGUCAUCAAGGCAAAGGGUGGCUAUUUGAUAACAUAUAUUUUGAUUUGUUUAACACGUUCUUUGGUUACUACAUGAUUCCAUAUGUGUUAUUUCAUCGUUUUGAUGUCUUCACUAUUAUUCUACAAUGUAGAAAAUAGUAAAAAUAAAGAAAAACCCUUGAAUGAGUAGGUGUGUCCAAACUUUUGACUGGUACUGUAUAAAAUUGUCAAAGACUCCAGUCACCCAAGUCAUAGACUGUUCUCUCUGCUACCUCACCGCAAGUAGUACCGGAGUGCCAAGUAUAGGUCCAAAAGGCUCCUUAACAGCUUCUACCCCAAAGCCGUAAGACUGUUGAACAUUUAAUGAAAUGGCCACCCGGACUAUUUACAUUGACAACCCCCCCCCCCCUUUGUUUUUACACUGCUGCUACUCACUGUUUAUUAUCUAUGCAUAGUCACUUUACCCCUACCUACAUCUACAAAUUACCUCAACUAACCUGUACCCCUGCACAUUGACUCGGCACCGGUACCCCUGUAUAUAGCCUUGUUAUUGUUAUUUUAGUGUGCUCGUUUUUUUUUUUUUACUUUAGUUUAUUUAGUAAAUCUUUUCUUAACUCUAUUUCUUGAACUGCAUUGUUGGUUAAGGGCGUGUAAGCAUUUCACAGUAAGGUCUACACCUGUUGUUGUAUUCGGCGCAUGUGACAAAUACAAUUUGAUUUGAUUUGAUUGUGAUCCUGUCACAUUCUGUGGGAAAAUGGUGCCUGUAGCUGUUGUCCCUGUUCUCAAGAAACUGGCACUAGACAUCCUGACCAUGUUUGGCUCCACAUACAGCUGUGAAUCAGCCUUCUCCACAAUGAACUUUAUUCAAAACAAAUACCGCACCAGGCUCACCAAUGAACACCUGCACCAAUGUAAAGGACGAUAUCCAUCCGGACCUUUGCCACCUGGGAAAUGUGUGUCACUGGACCUUCUCAAAUAGUAGUAGAGUACCCCUGGCCUAAACCACAGCACGCCGCUAGACUAGACCGCUGGACAAAGAAUUAGAUCUUUGAAACAUGUCAAGGAAAGGAGCAAUCAGUUUGUUUGUCCGGGAGCCCCAGAAUUAUAUUUACAUCGUCUGAAUGGACUGGGGAAGAGAGUCUAAGAAGGAUUAGAAUGUUUCUAUCCGAAAGUAAACACUAGUCACUUUGUUACAACUGCCUUUAAGGGUCCUGAGGUUAGGGGUGAUAGAGGGUCAAAUCAUGCCGAUUUAAAGGCUUCUCACUCACUAAUCCUGAUGAGAAAUAUUUUAUUUUGUGUGUGAUUAUUUAGAACCAGUGACUAUGACAGCUUAAGGGACUACAAUCAAUGCUAUGUGCCCAUGUGUCAUUCUAUUCACAACCGCUCUAAUCUCCAUUCACUGGAGCACAUUCUGCUUAGAAUCAUCUAGAAAUUAUACUCAAGUCACACUUCUCAGACACUAGAUGGCAGCACAAUACCACACACGGAAAGCAUGAAUGUGCUUCUCCUAUAACCUUUCACUCACUAUCCGUACACGUUUUUCAAAAGUUGAAACCCUUUUACACUGUAAACUCAUAAUAAUGUAUACUACCUCAAACAUUAUGUAUAUUUCCAGAGAAGUAUCUCAGAGAACUCCUUGGUGGCCAUGGACUUCUCAGGACACAAGAGCCGGGUGAUCGAGAACCCAUCGGAGGCGCUGUCCGUAGCCGUGGAAGAGGGGCUCUCAUGGAGGGUAGGCCAUUGGUGCUCUCUCUGACAUCAUUUCUCUCUACUCAGCAUGACACACUGAUGACACACUGGUCCUGCAAUAAUGCAUAAAGGAUUAUUUUACCAUGACUGAAUACCUGACAACAGAUGCUUUAUCAAUGCCCAAAAUGUGUAUAAGAUGUGAAAUGAUGGUGCACCCAUGUGAAAAUAGUCCAAGCAUGUGACACUUGGAACUCCUCCUCUCCUUCCCUUCAGAGGAAAAGCUGCCACCGUCUGAGCUCCCAUGGAAGCCCGUCCACCUCCCAGAGUCCCAUGUCAAACAUAGGUUAGUAGAAGGCCACUUUUACCAUGCAGGCAGCAACUCCCAGGAAUGCAGCCACAGACCUCCUGACCAGAUACCCUGGGCUUAAAGGUGCUACAUGUAGAAUGUAUCAACCAUGUGGAAACUAGGUGAAUUGCAACAACACCUAGGCUGUAUUCCAAACAACCCCCCUCCCCUGCAUCCAAUUUUCCUGUAACAUGGUGGAGAGGUUAGUGCAAUCAUGGAUCCUUGGGAUGUCCCUAUCCUAAACCCUAACCUUAACCCCUAACCCUUACCUAACCCUAAUGAUUUUAAAUGUCAACUUCAAUGGAGACAAUUUUGGACAGCCCCUCCCUGUUUCUGCACACUUAGAAAAAAGGGUUCCAAAAGGGUUCUUCGGCUGUCCCCACAGGAUAACCCUUUUUGGGUCCAGGUAGAAACCUUUUUGGGUCCAGGUAGAACUCUUUUGGGUUUCAUGAAGAACCCUCUGUGUAAAGGGUUCUACCUGGAACCAAAAAGGGGUCUUCAAAGGGUUCUUCUAUGGGGACAGCUGAAUAACCCUUUUAGGUUUUAGAUAGCACCUUUUUUUCUAAGAGUGUGUAUGUUUUCCUCCGUUUGGUGCCUAAUGAAAAUCACCAUGGUCGUCCUGUGUGUUUUGCAGCCCUCCAUAUGGCCCAGCCCUGGUUCCACAGCAAACUGUCCAGAGAUGAGGCACACCGCUUAAUCACUCAGCAAGGUCUGAUUGAUGGGUGAGCAGCAUCAGACACUUUUCUGUGUGUUUUGUCGCAAAGAAAGCUAAAUAUACUGAACAAAAAUAUAAACGCAACAUGCAACAAUUUCAAAGAUUUUACUGAGUUACAGUUCAUGUAAGGAAAUCAGUCAAUUUAAAUAAAUUCAUUAGGGCCUAAUCUAUGGAUUUCACAUGAGUGGGAUACAGAUAUGCAUCUGUUAGUCACAGAUACAUUUUUAAAAAAGUAUGGGCGUGGAUCAGAAAACCAGUCAGUAUCUGGUGUGACCACCAUUUGCCUCAUGCAGCGUGACACAUCUCCUUCGCAUAGAGUUGAUCAGGCUGUUGAUUGUGGCCUGUGGAAUGUUGUCCCACUCCUCUUAAAUGGCUGUGUGAAGUUGCUGGAUAUUGGCGGGAACUGGAACACGCUGUUGUACAUGUCGAUCCAGAGCAUCCCAAACAAGCUCAAUGGGUGACAUGUCUGGUGAGUAUGCAGGCCAUGGAUGAACUGGGACAUUUUCAGCUUCCAGGAAUUGUGUACAGAUCCUUGUGACAUGGGGCUGUGCAUUAUCAUGCUGAAACAUGAGGUGAUGGCGGCGGAUGAAUGGCACGACAAUGGGCCUCAGGAUCUCGUCACGGUAUCUCUGUGCAUUCAAAUUGCCAUCGAUAAAAUACAAUUGUGUCCGUAGCCCAUACCAUAACCCCACCGCAACCAUGGGGCAUUCUGUUUACAACGUUGACAUCAGCAAACUGCUCGCCCACACGACGCCAUACAUGUGGUCUGCGGUUGUGAGGCCAGUUGGAAGUACUGCCAAAUUCUCUAAAACCACAUUGGAGGCAGCUUAUGGUAGAGAAAUGUACAUUACAUUUUCUGGCAACAGCUCUGGUGGACAUUCCUGCAGUCAGCAUGCCAAUUUCACGCUCCCUCAAAACUUGAGACAUCUGUGGCAUUGUGUUGUGUGACAAAACUGCACAUUUUAGAGUGGCCUUUUGUUGUCCCCAGAAUAAGGUGCACCUGUGUAAUGAUCAUGCUGUUUAAUCAGCUUCUUGAUAUGACACACCUGUCAGGUGGAUGGAUUGUCUUGGCAAAGGAGAAAUGCUCACUGACAGGAAUGUAAACAAAUUUGUUCAUAACAUUUGAGAGAAAUAAGCUUUUUGUGCGUAUGGAACAUUUCGGGGAUCUUUUAUUUCAGCUCAUGAAACAUGGGACCAACACUUUACAUUUUUCGUUUAUUUAUUUUUUCCGUGUAUUUUUUGUAUUUUCCUCCCUAUACUUUUUUCUUCAAACGGACAGAAGAAACUGAUAUAUUUUUAUUUGUUUUCAGAGUAUUUCUUCUAAGGGACAGCCAAAGCAACCCCAAGACAUUUGUACUGUCACUCUGCCACACACAGAGAAUCAAACACUUUCAGAUCUUACCGGUGAGUAUAACCCCUUGUUUUGGUAUAUGCACUUCUCUUAUCUUUUAGACAACAUGCUCAAGCUUGUGUGCUUGUGGGUGCGUGUGUGUGUGUUAGGUGGAUGACGAGGGGGAUCUGUUCUACAGUCUGGACGACGGUCACACCCGCUUCACUGAUCUGAUCCAGCUAGUGGAGUUCUACCAGCUCAACCGGGGGGUGCUGCCCUUCAAGCUCAAACACCACUGUGCCAAGAUCACCCUUUGAGGGGCCAGGGGUCUCCCAGGGCCCCAUACAUACAGAGGCACCUUAAUUACAGCCAGGGCCUCUCAGGAAAACCAACCACCCAUGCAUCUCUCCCUCCCUCCCUACCGUGCCUUGGACAGGAGACACAGAGAUCACCGCCAGACAUAAGCCAACUGAAACCACUGUUAUAAUCACCCACUAGAACCCAUUCUCUUGGAGAAAAACGUGGUAAUCGGUCUUUGUAAUGACUUUGUUUUUCAAUAAAAGAUGAAAUAGAGGUGUUACGAUGUGAAAUAGAUGAAGAUACUGUGUCACAACCCACUGGGCAAAAACUAGUUUGGAAACAUUGUUUCCACGUCAUUUCAACAACAAAAAAAUCUGUGUGAUGACGUUGAAUCAACGUGGAAAAUUGAUUGGAUUUGCAAAAAGACAUCAACAUAAAAUAAUUUCGUCAUUUUUUUUCACCUAAUGUUUAACCUAAAUCCAUUGAUGUGAGUUUUUUUAGUUGAAUUCCCGUUAGUUGACAUUCAACCAAAUGUAAAUCAAAACAGAACGUUAAAAUGACUUCAGUGCCCAGUGGGAAGUGACCACAGGUGUUGAGAAAUCUGGUGUUGGAUAAGGUGCAUCUACUGUAGACUUGAUAUGACAGAGAGGGCUCUACUGCGAGCCCAUUGGUUGGCCCUGUAUGUUAGCCUGGGUGUGGAGAUGAAUCACAAACACCGCUGUGACUUGUGUGGAGUCCAAACUUCAGUUAAUGUACUGUAUAUAAUGUGGAGCUGAUCAUGUUUGCAUUGUGUAUCAGCUUACUUGCUCGUUACAACUUUCCAUGGGAUGAACAUCUUCUACUGUAGCCAACUGUUGAAACUUUAGAGCGAGAGCGGAUAUUUGACUGUGUGUUCACAACAUGUGAAUAGAAUGACCAGUGUGGUAUAGCCAUGAUAUUUGUGCAUUAUCGGCACAGUUAAGCUGAACCUGGUCAUUUGUCAGUAGGAGGGGAUCACUAUUAUCAGGCUGGAGACAAUGUAGUAUGUAGGCUACAGUGGUCUCCUGGGGAAACUAAGCUGUUGCUCAUUGUUUUU